GGGCCAUCGAACAAUCUCGAGAUGGGGGCGGCGGCUAGCGCCAAGCCUAAGUAUCGGCAGGAGUUGUCGUCGCACGACUUGAGCCGAAAGUUGUCCAAGAUCAAUCUGCAGCCAGGGGCGCUACAGCAACAGACCGAGGAGGCGUCAGAACGUCGUCGGACGGUGGACGCAAUUCUGCAGCAAGUUCGUCAGGGCGACACCAACAACGUGACGCCAUUGGAGUAUCAAGUGUACUUGGCGUACGCGACGGGCAAAGACAGCUUGGGCCGUCCGAUGCGCGAUCGCGUGUCGGCCAUCCACAAGUCUCUGGUGGCCAAAGGGCUGCUCGUGUGGUUUGACGCAGACAAGAGCGUCGCGUCGAGUAAAAUGAUUGACCACGGCGUGCUCAACUCGAAUGUGGUCGUGGUGUUUCUCACUCGCGCGUAUAUGAACCAAGUCAACAGCGACGGCCUCUUGGACAGCAACCAGUACGAGUUUUGCCAGGCGCUGGCCACACAAACGAUGACGCACAUCGUCCUGUGUGUCAUGGAGGAAGACUUGAAGCGCUACGACAACUUGACGGGGGAGUGGCGGGAGAUUGUCGGCGACUCCGAGUGCUUGGACUUUACGGACGAAGCGUUCCUGGAUGUCGGGUGCGACGAACUGGCCGACAAGAUCCGGACGUUGAACGCCAAGCCCCGCGUGCCGUUGGACAUGGGGUUGUCCGGGAUCAAAGAAUUGAUCCGGCUGCUCAAAAACUCGCUCACACCUCGACCCACGUGCACUAAAGUCAUGAAGCGGCUCGUGGGGCUGGCUAUGUUGGCUCCAUUUGCAGACAAAAUGGUGGCCAAGGGAAUCCUUCCCGUCUUGGUGCGGUCUCUCGGGACCAACAAAGUUGCUGUGCCCAACACAGAAUUAGCACUACUGCUGCUGAAAAUCAUUGCGCGCACGAGUUGCGUUUACCGGCGAAAGAUCAUCACGUUGAUUGAAUCAAGGCACAAAAUGCCUCUCUUUACGAUGCUUCUCAAGGAAGGGGAAGGGUCGACGAAAGAGCAUACGUCGGGGCUCGUGCGAAAUUUGUUUUCAGGGGGUAGCAUCAAGGUAUUUGAAAAAAACGAGUGGUUCCAAGAACUCGUGAAAAUGCUCGUGCAGUUGCUCGAACAUGGUCUGUCGUCGCAGCAGUACGAAGCGGGGGCGGCACUGGGGGCGAUUGCACUCAACAAGGAAUACCAGCCGUCGAUUGUCAAGGAAAACGGUAUCCGUGUGUGUGUGGCCCAAAUGACUAGUCAGUCCACCGUGGAAGGGGUUCGGGACAAGUCGGCGCUGGUGCUGCGAUGCCUGAGCGCCACAGAAGAAAACCAACGCGAGAUCGGCAUUGAAGGCGGUGUCGAAGCGUUUUUGAGCUUGCUUCAAAACGGCACCCAGGCCCAACGGGAAACCAGCUCCGCGGCGCUAAACUGGCUCAUGGAAGUGCCUGAAAACCGAACCAUCUUGGUCAAAGAGCGAGGUAUUCGUACGUUGCUCAACUACGUGGUCCGCGGGCAAAAGUUUGUGCGCCAGCAAUCCAUCAGCGCACUCAGCAAAUUAGCGCCCCAUUCAGAAUUUCAAGUGCCGUUAGCCCAAGCGGGGGUGCUAGGCCCGUGCGUGGCCAUCAUGGAAACAGGCAACGAUAGCCAAAAGACCGCCGCGUGCAACAUUCUUCUCGCCGUCGCGUCCACCGAAGCCGUAGGAAACAUGGCGGACACCGUGCCGUCGGUUGUCAAGUUGUACAACACUGGCACGCUUUCCCAGAAAACCGCGGCAAAGCAAGUGCUCGAGCGGUUAUGUCGACACCGAGCGCUGAGAGGGACGAUUCUCGGCAUGGUUGGAGCAGAUGACCUCAUGCUGCGGUGACGAACUGAUACAGCCUUAACUUAUGUCUCCCCUCACGAGGCUCUCGUAGUAGUCGAUAAAAUUGCUUCCCCUUGACGCACAAACGCUAAUAUACUGUAGUACCAGACGUUUUUCACAUCA